UGAUACAGAAAUACAGAACACAUGUAGGAAAUCCACGCAGACGAAUUUGGAGUUGGCAUGGCCAUGGAUAUUAAGAAAAUUUUGUAUUUAGUAAUGCUGUUGUCCCAAUGUCAAGCUGGCAGACACAAGUAUAGAACUCUGGAAACAAUGAUGGAAACAUAUAAGAGUUGGCAUCUAAACCCACGACAUAAGGAUUGGACAGGUAAACAUAUGAUUCUUGCUACAGGAGAGGUUAAACUAAGUGGUAAAUCAAAAAUUGUGUCAGUAAAAUGUCACUACGAUACAGUUGGAGGCCUGGCUAAUAACAUAGCUGAUUGGACUUCCUUUUUCAUUGUAUGGUGGAGUGCCAAACAUAUGGCUAGUGAUAAACCCAGGUGGCCUAAACCAUCUGAUGAUUUCAAAAUGAUUGGAGGUGCAGGGUAUCUGGAUUAUGAUAAAAUGGGUUUAACUAACAUAAGAUGGCAACCCAGGAGAGAUCUUAUAAAAGAAGUUAAGCCUCAUAUAUUGUGUGCUGCAGAAAAUCAGGGUGGAGACCAUAAAUUAGAAAAAAUGCAUAAAUGGAGAACUGAUUAUCUGCAAAUGUACUUCAUAAUGGAUAAGUGUGACUCUCCUGGCCAAUUUCGAUGUGAGGCUUUAGUAAAGGUUAGAGGAAGAAACGAUUUUAUAGGACAUCCUGUCUAUGCUUAUUUUAAUGCAGAUAAAGCUAAGGAUGGAGGAGUAAGUUCAAAAUGUGAUAAACAAAAGAAAAAUGAAAAUGAGGAGAAACAGUACCUCCAACUUUUGGACACUCUGCCAGACCUCUACUUGGAAUCUGCAAGAUUGUCUUAUAUUGCAUCAGUUUCAAAACAAAGAUCAUCAAAGAGUAGGGGUGGCUAUACUGAAAUAACUGCAAAAUAUGAAGAAAUUAAAGGAUUACGAUACAUGAAGUUACAGUGCAAAGUGGAUACGAAGGAAAUCAAAGCAAAAAUUAUUAGGGUAGCUGAGUUUUACUUCUUCUAUCAGCCAUUGGAUGACUGGCCAAAUGCACGAGUGAUUUUGGCUGGCCUGGUGAAGAAAAAAGCAUUAUUUGUACAUCCAUACAGAUUUCGAAUGUUUCCCCCAUUUCGUAUUCUGCUGGAUAAAAAGAAACGUGCAGCUUGGGAUGGUAGAACAGGCAGUGCAAAUCUAGCCUAUUUUUCAAUUUCCAUACCAAUGGAUCUGUGUGAUACUCUUACGGGGACAUUCCAAUGUCAGGCUAAAAUAUUGUCCACUGGUUUCUCGGAGCACAAUAAUGCAUCAUUGGUAACAGGAUGGUACAAACUAGAUCACUCCCAUUUAUCCAAAAAGAGUAAAAACUGUGGGAAAAAAGGAGGACCAAAAGUUGAAGAUGCAAAAAAAGAAGGAAACACUGGAGCUGAAGAUGAAGAAGAAAAAGAUGCUGGCUCCAUAUCACCAACUUUACAGCCGUUAUUUAAAACUGAGGAGGAAUCAGGAGGGGGAGGAGGGGGAGUUGCCAUUGGAAUUAUCUGUGCCCUGGUUGUGCUAGGAGUCAUUGGUUUUGUAGCUUACAAAAUGUACAUGAAAAAGAAAGCAGGAGAAGGCAAUAAGGAUGAGAGUGAAACAAGACCGAUUAACCCAGCGGCAGGAAGGGGAAGAGGUCGAGGGAGGGGUCGAGGACGUGGAGGAGGGCAGAAAAGGCCUAGUGAAUGAAGUCAUGGUUCCAGAUUGGCCUAAGAUUGCCAAAAACUUUUAAAAACUUGAUGUACCGAAAGGAAGUUCAUCAUUCACUUGUAUAGUUACCUAAAUGAUGGGAAUCACAGAAGAUAUGAAUGCAAGUAAAAUGCCAAUCUCAAAUGGAAGAAGCCUCUACACUGUGCCACCUUUCAUUUUUUUAUUGUCAGUUCAAAAUAUAUUGACUUUCUUUGAUUUCAUGUUUUUAUGAAAAUGUGGAUAAUAAAAUAAAGAAGAUUUACACAAAACAAUUAGCUUCAUGUCUUAUUUUGUUAUA